UCGAUCCAGACACCACCGACUCGAAAACAAUGACCACGUGCGACGGCAUGGACGUGACUUCGUCGGGAUCCCAUCUUGUCGUUAGCACGGGUGCGGACGCUCUGGCGACGUCGAGCGUGGCUUUGUUGUCAACAAGCGACGACAGCCGUGUAUCGAUACCCACCACCGAACACUGGUUGGCGAGCUUGGCGUUCAAUCCGAACAGAAGUCGCGUGUAUACCGUGGGAGUGAGUAGUAAUUACUUUCAGCUUUACUCUGCUGCGAUGGUCGAGGAAGCCGACGCUGUUCCUCUAGGUGGGGAGAGCGUCUUCGAGGUGGUCGCAAGCAUACCGAAGCAUGGGAUUCCCGACGUGGGCGCCAUAGUGUCCGGGCCACAGAGCCUCGAUCCGGAAGGGAAUUGCCUUUACUUCGUCAAUGAUGACAUUCUUAGGUUGUGGGGAAUCGAUCUCUCGUCCUUGUCGAAGACACCGACAUUCGUUGCGGGAGCCGGCGGCCUGGGAGUGGAAGAUGGCGCUGCUUCCAUGGCUUCGUUCUACGAUCCGAAGGCUGUGGCCGUUACGCCUGACGGAUGCAAUCUCUUAGUUGCUCAGCGCAAUGGAUAUUUGCGUUUGAUCAGACUUGGCACGCCCUGUGGACCGACACUGAGCGUGCAGACAGUGGCGGCCUACGACACAAUUGGGCUAUAUGGAUUGGCGCUACGCGCCAAUGGCGCAAGUCUACACGUGUACCUGGGAUCGACCGACGAACACGUGUUUGAGCUGGAGAUAGACCAGUUACUGAUGAAUACUAGUAGUCGCGAGAUGAUGGCGAGCCCGUCCUCGUCAUCACAGCCGCCGCCGGUCCUCGACCCAGGCGUUCCCAGCUCAGACUCGCCUGGUUCAGACGACCUAGUCAAUGUAGUCAUCUCUCCCGUUUCUUUCCCUUCCUCUCUCUCCCUCCCUGCAUCGGAUCCUUCUAUCGUCCUUUCUUCUUCUCAAGUCGCCCCUACAGCCCCACUUGUCAAGGCAUCUAAGCGCGAUCCGGUUCAACCGGUUGUCCUCAUUGUGGUUCCGGUUCUAUCUGCGGCGGCCGUGGGUGUCAUCGCCUGCGCGCUGUUCUUGAACUUUCGGUCGCACUGCUGUCGCCUUAAAGAGCCGCCUGGUGGRGGGAAGGGUUGCGCAAGCAUCGAGGUGCCAAUGAACAGCGGCGGCGGGUCAAGCGUGGAGCGGCCGACCGAAACUACRGUUCUCAGCUACAGCAAGGACGGAUGUCUCUGUCCAGAGGGAGACGUCCAGCUGCCCGACGUAACUGAGUUCACACUCGCUGAAUUGUGCGAGUGCACCGGUGACAUCCACUCCCGCAAUAUUAUUGGUCGUGCCGGAGCUUUCGGGACUGUUUACCGCGGUAAAUUGGGCAACCAGGAGGUCGCGGUCAAAAUCAUGCACGGGUAGGUGACGGCGAUGAAGCGGAGACAGU